AUGCCAUUUGUUCUUACUGCGUUAGGAUAUUUAGUAUUUAAAAACAAAUAUAGUAUAAGACCUAUAUUAGGCUGUUUCUUACAAGCUCAUAGUAGUUGGCUUUACAUUUUAUUACUUGGUAUUUGGCCUGUUAUAAUCUCUGGAAUUGGAUGUUAUUUGGCUGCAAGGACAUCUUACACUAUUUUAAAAAAAAGAUUAGAAAUUCAAGCGUUAUUAACAUAUUGUGAAUCAGGAUUAAAUGCAUCAAGAUUUUACCGAUUGGUGCUAUUUUGCAUUACAUUUUUAAUCCUAGCAUUACCAGCAACAUUGCUUACAGUGUUAGGUAAUUUGAAUAAUGGUCUGCUUCCGUACGAUUUCUAUGAAGUACAUAAAAAUUGGAAUACAAUUAUGCGUUUUACUGCUGAAACAGGCGGCCUUUCAGUAUUAGAUUAUGCAAAACCUUUAACUGGAUUAUUUGUAUUUUUGUUCUUUGGGACCGGUCAAGAUGCUAUGAACAGUUAUCCUUCGCCAAAUUCCAAAACUUAUAAUGGUAAAAUGAUGACGUCAGUUCCAAAACAAGCAAAUUUUGAUUUAACAAGUGGGAUUAAAUUCAAUAUUGAAGGGAUUGACACAACUACUAUAAUGUCAAUAACAAAUCAUCGCGAUGAUGAUGAUUUUGACUAUGAUCAUAAAAUUAAUUAUUCAUCAUCUACAUUGGCAGUUAAUUCAUCAUAUAAUAAUACAAUAGUGGCAUCUACCCCAACAUCUUAUAGAUCACAUUUUUAUGAACGUAAUGAUGAUAAUCUAAAUCAUAUAGAUGAUUUAUUGGCGGUUUAUCCACCUGACAUAGCAAUUUCAAGAAGUCAUAAUAGUAAUAUUGGUGAGGAAGAUUAUAAUAAUAACAAUGCAAAUUAUCAUAGAGAAUCCGGAAUCGAUAAUCUACCUGGAACAUCAUCAGAUACUUUUGAUAUUGAGAAUGUUUUUCCUGCUCAA